GGACCUUUCUUCCUCCCCAGGAUUCUUCCGUGCGCACCCUUUCAUCUUGGCUACCACCCGCGAUGAAGAAAAAUCUGCGGAAAAACCAAGACGAACGUUACCGCCUGAAGUUCCAGCGUCUUUGCCGCGUGGCCAAGGUGCUCGUUUACGAGAACGCGGCCCUGUGCGAUGAGAUUGCCCGGCUGGAGGCCAAAUACCUGAGGGUGCGUGAGGAGCGCCGCUUCCUGCUUACUCGCCUGUUGCAGGCACAAGCCCUGGCUGAGGAUGACUCUCCCGCACCAGCGGUGGUGGCCAGCCUGCAGCCUUCCCCAGAUGAGCCAGCUGCUCGCAAACCCCGCCGGGAGCGCAAAGGCAAAGAGAACGGCCGAGCAUCCAAACGCAGGGCACCCCCAGAGCUGGCCAUCCGCCGGCUGGUCCCCCCGCUUCCCCUGGAUCCUUCCGGGCGGCCAGUUUUUCCCAUCGCUUUAGGCCCUCUGACUGUCUACAGUCUGGGCGAGAUUGUCUCUGACCGUCCAAGUUUCCACACGGAGAAUGCCAUCUACCCCGUGGGGUACUGCAGUACCAGGGUUUUUGCCAGUACCCGCAGGCCAAUUCACCGCUGCCUCUACACCUGCCAGAUCAAGGAUGGGGGCACCGGGCCACACUUUGAAAUUGCCCCCGAAGAUGAACUGGGGGGUGUAAUAACCGGAUCCACCCCGGAUGCCUGCCACGCUCAGCUGCUGGAGGCGGUGGGGGCUGGCCAGCUUGAACCAGCAGGGGCCGAAUUCUUUGGGCUGUCGCACCCCGCGAUCCAGCACCUCAUCCAGAGCUGCCCAGGGGCACACAAGUGUGCUGGGUACCGCUGGUGCCGCUUUGAGGUCUGUCGCCCAAACGAUGGACCCGCUCCUGACGGGCUGUCUCCAGGGAACCCUGGCACGGAUUUUGAGGCUUUCCAGAGUCAAGGCUUGGCCGGACCGAUGAACCUAGAGUUCCCUGCCGCCUCUCCGUCCCCACCCAGCGGGAACGGCUAUACUGAACUUUUCCUGCCUUGUGCUCCUUCGGCUGGGUCCCCCCUCCCUCAGAGUCCAGAAACUGACCCUGACUGAGUGCAACAGGAGUGCAGCUUUAAGUAGGCUUCACACUUUCUAGUUCCUCUAUGGGGGGAGAGAGCAGUGAUGCCUGAUAUGACUAGAAUGGGCUUGGUUGAAAUUUUCAGAGGGGUUUUUCUUCUGCUUUAGGCUUACGGUGGGUCCAAGCACCUGCUUUAUCUCUGAAGCUUCCCCCAGAAACAGUAAGAUUAGAAGUGAUUUAAAAACUACAUUUGGGGGAUUAGGACUUUUAAAGGGUGCUAUGGAAUUCUUAAAACCAGGGGUUCUCAAACUUUUGGAGCCGUGACCUCCCUAAAAAGAUGAAAUUGCUUAGUUUUGCAUAAUUCCUGAUACCUUGGUUUUAUUUUUGAGGCAGCCGCUCUCAUUCCCAGCUCACUUACUUUGGAGCAAUAUUUGCUCUGUAUAGCAGCAACUUCAGACCUUGACUUUGUCAUUGGCUUGUCCAAAGGGGGAACCAGUUCUGACAACAGUCCUGCUUCUUGUGCAGAAGUCAUCUGCUAAAGCCCUCUUAAGCCACGCUCCCACUUUGCCUGGGCAAACAAGCUGUUGGUUUGUCUAGGCAUAACAGGAGCAAGGAUUGCUCUAUGUGCAAAACACACACACACACACACACACACACCCUUUGCAACCCACUACAGAUAGUCCUCACUUGACAACCCUAAUUGGGACCGGAAUUUCCAUUGCUAAGUGAUGCGGUCAUUAGGCGAAACAUCACACCACUUAGUAAUGGCAGUUUGGGUAGUCCUGGUUGCGUGUCGUUAGGCGAGGACCACACGCUUCUCCUGCCCUGCUGUGCUCACCUCUGCUUCAACUCCCCUCACCUGCCUAUCUCCCCCCCAUCUCUGCUCUUU